UGAAGCCCGAGCUGCUUCCUCAUCGAGACAUCAAGGGUGAAACGUCCUCAUCAUGUCCAACUGGAUGUUCAGAAGCGCCCCCAAAACACUGGGGGAAAUCAACAUUGUAACAGAGGAGCUAAAGAAUCUUUAUUACAAGAGGCUAUUGCCGAUAGAGAAAUACUAUUCUUUCCAUCACUUUCACUCACCGAGUUACGAGGAUGCUGACUUUGACAACAAACCAAUGGUGCUGGUGAUGGGUCAGUACUCAACGGGAAAGACAACUUUCAUCAGAUAUCUCAUAGAGCAAGAUUUCGCUGGUAGCAGAGUUGGGCCAGAGCCAACCACUGACUGCUUCACUGCCCUCAUGUAUGGAGAGGAGGAACGGAUCAUCCCUGGGAAUGCUCUUACAGUGGAUCCAAAAAAGCCCUUUCGCAACUUAGACCCUUUUGGAAAUUCAUUUUUGAACAGAUUUCAGUGCGUCCAGAUGCCAAACCAAGUCCUAGAGAGCAUCAGCAUUAUCGACACACCAGGCAUUUUAACUGCUGCUAAAAGAAAACUGAGCCGAGGCUAUGACUACCCAGCAGUGCUGCGCUGGUUUGCAGAGCGUGUGGAUCGCGUCAUCCUGCUGUUCGAUGCACAUAAACUGGAGUUCUCAGAUGAGCUCACCCGGGCCUUUGGGGCUCUGUGCGGCUAUGAGGACAAGCUGCGUGUGGUUCUCAACAAAGCUGACAGAGUGGAUUCUCAGCAGCUCAUGAGAGUGUAUGGUGCCCUCAUGUGGUCACUGGGGAAAGUGUUUCGAACCCCUGAGAUCUUGCGGGUUUAUAUUGGAUCUUUCUGGUCAGAGCCGAGACAGAUGUGCGAUCACUACCAGCUGAUAGAGCUGGAGGAGGAGGAUCUGCUCACUGACAUUAGGAACCUACCAAGCAAUGCUGCAGUGCGCAAGCUGAAUGAUUUGGUGAAGAGGGCGCGCUUAGUGAGGGCUCAUGCACACAUUAUCAGCUAUCUGAAGCAGGAAAUGCCAACAAUUUUUUGCAAAGAAAGCAAAAAGCACAAUUUGAUCUACAAUCUUCCUGUAAUUUUCACCAAGAUCCAGCAACAACAUAGAGUCCCAGCUGGAGACUUCCCUGACUGCACCAAGAUGCAGGAAAAACUUUUGGGUCAGGACUUCUCAAAGUUCAAGACACUGAAGUCAAGUCUUAUGACUUCCUUGGAUAAACUGCUCACCACUGACAUAGCCAACCUGGUUCCUUUAUUCCAAAAACAAGAACAGAGGAAGAAAUCCUUGCCCAGCGUGUUGGAUGGAGAAUUUUUGGGAACAUUCAGGCGUGAGCAUUUCAGGAGAGAUCCAUUCAAGGAACUCUCCAAAGAUGACGUAAGCAGUGAGGUGGAUUUCGAUGAGUGGGCUGUGGAGAAAUACAAGCCGAAAUAUGAUGAGAUUUUCUACAAUUUAAGUCCACGUGAUGGUAAACUUAGUGGCACAAAAGUAAGAGAGUGGAUGACAACCACUCUGCUGCCCAGUUCUGUGCUUGCUCACAUCUGGAGGCUGUCAGAUGUAGAUGGGGACGGCAUGCUGGACAAUGAGGAGUUCGCUUUGGCAGUGCACCUUAUUGAGGGAAAACUGGAAGGCUACUGGCUACCAAGGGAGCUUCCCUCUCAUCUGGUGCCACCAUCCAAACGGUUGAGUACAGAGAGUGAUGCAUCAGUGUAAUCUUUACAUAAGGAAAUGAGUGACUGAAGAUGCGUUACAUGUAAAUUGUCUACAAUAUGUUCUAUUAGUCAAUAUAUAUUUUGGCCAUAAAGUUUGGCAACUAUAUCAUAUUUGCAUUAUCGUGUUAUUAUCUACUGUAUAUGUAGAUGUAUUGCAAGGGAAUAAGAAAAAGUAACAAACCUAAUCAACCACAAAGCUUUCUUUAUUUUUCUGAUGCAAUGAGUUUCAUAUUUUUCUAAAUACUAUAACUCUAAUAUGGCUUUAUGAAAUUAUCAUUAUCAACACAAUUGGUUUUCUUGAACUGUUCACUCACCAAGAUG